GGAAAGAGCUCAACAACUGGCAGUUUUUGGUUUUAUUUUUAACCUGAAGAGAAAAAAACGUUUAAUACAACAAGAAAAAGCUCAGGUUAAAGCUGAAGCUCCAUGAUGGUCAACAGUACAAAAGCCAUAUCUGACUUUGUACUGCACUGUGAAGUCAGUCGUGAUCAGCGAAGCAUCGCCACUGUAGGUCUGGUCAUCGUCUACUUGGCAACAGUCUUUGGAAACAUGCUGGUGAUCGUGGUGAUCAAACUGAACCAUCAGCUUCAUUCACCCAUGUAUAUCUUCAUCGGCACUUUAGCAGUGAUUGAUUUGUGCAGCAGCACUUUUAUAGUCCCAAAAAUGGUGGCCAUUAUUCAGUUUGAUGACUCCGUAAUAUUGUACGGAGUCUGCAUAGCUCAGAUGUAUGGCAUGUUGAAUAUGGAACUAAUGGUAACCUUUGUUUUGGCAUUUAUGGCCUUUGACCGUUUUGUUGCAGUCAUUUUUCCUCUGAGAUACCCUUCCAUUGUUACCAAAAAAAGGGUUUUGAUUUGUGUCUUGAUCUUACCUGUGUUUUCAUUUUUCAUCCUUUUUACUUAUUUGAUUUAUGCCACUGAGCUUUCUUUUUGUCGUACAAAUGUCCUUCCUUAUUGUUUGUGUGACUAUGCUAAAAUGGUAAUUGCGGCUUGCAAUGAAGAUCCCAAGUACUUGAGCCUUUUGUCCAACAUGUUUCUUGCACUUGGUGUUUGUCCUCUAGUAGUGGUUUUAUUUUCCUAUGUUAUCAUUUUUCAUGUGGCACUAAAAAUCAAAUCUGGGAACAGAAACAAUAAAGUCAUCAGCACCUGUGUCAGUCAUCUGUUGGUGGUGCUGCUUUUUUACAUUCCACCCUUGGCAUCCUAUGUCCUGCCACAGUCAGGGCUACAAGUGACGUCUGAAAAGUACAAUUUGAUUAGCAUUCUUAGCAAUGUGAUUCCACCAAUGCUGAAUCCGAUGAUCUACAGCUUCAAGAACAAGGACAUACAAGGUAGUGUUUAUAGAUUAUUCACGAGAAAGAGAUUAGCUGGUGAACCUGGAGACCACUGAAGAAACAUAUUGUGCUGAUCAAGAGAAUGGAUAUAAGCUUGCUUUCUAGAUUUGAAUAAAAGUGUUAUAUUACUUUCUAUAUGUCUUUAAUGUGUCAUGGGUUCAACCUCUGGCAUGGUCCCUGUGUUUACAGG